CGCCGCCUGGCUGCGCCUCCCCUCGCGCAGCGAUGUCCAAGCCGCCCCCGAAGCCGGCCAAGCCAGGACAAGUCAAAGUUUUUAGAGCCUUGUAUACAUUUGAACCCAGAACUCCAGAUGAACUGUAUUUUGAAGAAGGAGAUAUUAUCUACAUUUCGGAUAUGAGUGACACAAAUUGGUGGAAGGGAACCUGUAAAGGAAGAACUGGACUAAUCCCCAGCAACUAUGUGGCUGAACAAGCAGAAUCCAUUGACAACCCACUACAUGAAGCUGCCAAGAGAGGAAACCUGAGCUGGCUGAGGGAGUGUUUGGAUAACAGAGUUGGUGUCAAUGGCUUAGACAAAGCUGGGAGCACAGCCUUGUACUGGGCAUGCCAUGGUGGACACAAAGAUAUAGUGGAAGUAUUAUUGACGCAGCCAAAUGUAGAACUAAACCAACAGAAUAAACUGGGGGACACAGCUUUGCAUGCUGCUGCAUGGAAGGGUUAUGCAGAUAUCGUAGAAACACUGCUGGCAAAAGGUGCUAGAACAGAUUUAAGAAAUAAUGAGAAGAAAUUGGCUUUUGACAUGGCAACUAAUGCAGCAUGUGCUUCCCUCCUUAAAAAGAAACAAGGACAAGACAUAAUGCGAACCUUAAGCAAUGCAGAUGAAUACCUUGAUGAUGAAGACUCCGACUGAACUGCCUUAAUACUGUCUAAAGAUGUUCAGCUUUUUGUGCCUCCACCUUUCUCAAAUUCUUCCUCUGACUACCAAAAGUGUACUUUUCUCAUAUACAUAGCAAUGUAACAUCAUAGCUAUUCCCUCCACAGGGUCAAAAUAUGCCCCUUCCCAGUACUUAAGGUCCAAAAAUUCUCUAGUUGCUUUUAAAUAAAUUGGCUAGGUGAGAGCAUG